AUCACGUGAAUGGUCACUGUACAAGUCCAACAUCCCAUAGCUGCAGCUCAGGAAAACGACUUUCCAGCGCAGACGUCUCCAAAGCCAACCGCCGCGGGCCUGGGCGGCCCCCAUUCAGGAAAGCACAGUCUGCAGCCUGCAUGGAGAUUUCUCUCCCCGUCACCACAGAAGAAAAUAGGGAAAACUCCUUCAGCCGUUCCCGAAGCUCCAGUGUGUCCAGUAUCGACAGGGACUCCAAGGAGGCAAUUACUGCUUUGUACUUCAUGGAGUCCUUUGCCCGAAAGAACGACUCUGCUGUCUCUCCAUGUCUCUGGGUUGGAACAGGCCUCGGUAUGGUCUUAAUCCUCUCCCUUAAUCUGCCUGCUAGUGAUGAUUUACGGCAGUCAGAGCCGGUCAUGGUGUCGCCAAGCGGCACAGUUCUGACGCUUAAAGGAGCUGUGCUGACCGUCGUGUGCUUGGACUGCAUGGGGACAUUGACACAUCCACCGUAUGAAGUAUGGAGGGACCCACACAGUGCUGAUGAUGGUGAAAAGACAAGGAGAAGGAAGCUUGUCAUGCAUUCCCCUUCCUCCUCCCAGGAUAUGGGUGAUCAUCAAUUUGCGGUCAUUUGUUCAGAAAAACAAGCCAAAGUCUUCUCAUUGCCUUCCCAAACAUGUCUUUAUGUCCACAACAUCACCGAAACAUCGUUUUUAUUGCGAGCAGAUGUGGUCACCCUCUGUAACAGCGUCUGUCUGGCGUGCUUUUGUGCCAAUGGGCACAUCAUGACACUGAGCUUGCCCAGCCUUCGCCCACUGCUGGAUGUCAACUACUUGCCAGUAACAGACAUGAGGAUAGCACGGACCUUUUGUUUCACUAACGAAGGGCAAGCUUUGUAUCUCAGCUCUCCCACAGAGAUCCAGCGCCUGACUUACAGCCAGGAGAUGUGUGACAAUCUGCAGGACAUGCUUGGAGACUUGUUUACUCCUGUGGAAACACCAGAAGCCCAAAACAGAGGCUUUCUCAAAGGACUUUUUGGAGGAAGUGGACAAGCUUUUGACAGAGAGGAGCUUUUUGGUGAGGCCACAGCAGGAAAAGCCUCUCGCAGUCUUGCCCAGCACAUCCCUGGAUCAGGUGGAAUUGAAGGCGUGAGAGGAGCAGCAGGAGGCGUCAUUGGGGACUUGACUCGUGCACGCAUUGCCCUUGAUGAGAGAGGACAGAAACUGGGAGAGCUGGACGAAAGGACUGCGAGCAUGAUGGCCAGCGCUGAGGCAUUUUCCAAACAUGCACAUGAGGUGAUGCUGAAAUACAAGGACAAAAAGUGGUACCAGUUUUAGACUUUCACAGAAGCUACUUGUGGCUUUAAGAACACUGUUCAGGGAAGCAGCAGUCAUUCCCAAAUCUACCAGUCACUGGCCAGAGACAGGUUUUUUUUCUCCUAGAAGAUGUUUUCCUGUUGCUAUUAUUGGAUUCAUCACGGUGAGAAUCAAGGAGAAUGUUACAGACCAUGAGAUGGAAGCUGAAAUGACGCGGGUCUUACUCCAGCAGCUGGCUCAUGUGGUAGACAAUUUUUUCCCGAAAGCAUCACUGUGGCAUGUAGUUUCUCAGAGGUAUGAACUGUGGGGAGUGCAUCUAGUUGAAAAUACUCUGUACAAACUCAAAUGUAAUGCACUUACUUAUAAACCUUUGCAUGACUAAUUGACAUCUUAAAAAA